CCGGAAGCCGAGCCCGGCUCUUAUCCAAUAAGCUCGGCGGUUAGUGGUGCUGCUGCUGAGCUCCAGUCGGGUGUGUGAAUGUGUGGAUGUUGAAACUGUAGCCGGUGAAAAGCACCAGAACCCAGCCCGAUGAAAAAUGCCUCUCUGCCGCCUGUAACGAACCGGGAUCCGCGGAGAGGAGAGCGCCACGUCUCCGGAGAGGUUUAGAGGACAAGGCCAGCAAGAUGUUGCAAGUUUUAGCUUGUGGCGCCGUAGUUUUCCCCGGUCUUUUCGUCGCCUUCAGGAGAAUUCUGCCGUGUUUUUUCAAAAACUGGACCGAUGCCGACGUGGUUCUGGUCAGCGAAAGGCUAGUGUCCUCUAUCCACGCCAUCAUGGCCACCGCUGCAGGGGUCGUUGUCGUUUCUGCGUGCCGGGACAACGUCAUCUAUGACAGGCACUGGCUCGCCACCUACUUUGUCAUCUGGUACGGCGUUCCCUACAUGACGUACGACAUCUUCGCCAUGUAUCUCAGCCACUAUUACCGCUACCAUGUGAAAGGGCACGAGGACUACAAGCAGCACUCCCUGAGGACUGUGAACUCCUUCAUCCGCAAAGAGUUCCUGCUAGUGCUGCAUCACAUCGCCCUGCUCACCAUCCUGCUGCCCGUUACGCUGUUCUUCAGAAAGGACAUGGGGGACUUCUUCAUUGGCUGCCUGUUUCUAACGGAGCUCAGCACACCCUUCGUCUCCAUGGGGAAGAUACUUAUUCAGCUCAGCCUCCAGGACUGCUGGCUGCACAAGGCCAACGGCGGCAUGGUGCUCUUCACCUUCUUCAUGUGCCGCAUCGCCCUCUUCCCCUACAUGUACUGGAUGUACGGCCGCCACUACGGCAUCCCUCUGUACAGCGUGCCCUUCCACCUGCCGCUCUCCACCAACCUGGGCAACUCCUGCAUCCUGGCGCCGCAGGUUUACUGGUUCGUGCUGCUCUGCCGAAAGGGCUACCGUCUUUACCGGAGGAGCCGCGGCGCGCAGUCGCCCACGGCGACGGCUCCCAUGGCCGACGCCGGCAAGGACGAUUGAUAACGAGGUCACGGCUGCUCGCUCAAGCCGCACACUCAGCUACUAAUUCAACCCCACCACGGUACUGUCCAACACCGAGACUACCUGCUCCUCCUCCACCGGGCAUUUCCGCACACUCUAACUCCUCUGUUACAGAUCUGCUGCCGUCGUGGACUCCUCCACGAUCUUAUGCUUCUACUGAACUCCAGCCAUUUGUGUUUCUCUCUGGACUUGACUCUGGAUCUCCUGCGUCCACAGGACUGACGGACGGUUCUGCUUGUGGACGAAACGUCCCAAAACUUUAAAAAAGAAAAGAAAAGGAAAAAAAAAGAGGAGCUGCGGUGGAGAGACUCCAUCUGUGGCUCCCUCUGUGUUUACAGCUGCUGCUGGUUAGAGACGGUCUGUUACAGCCACUUUCAUUCGCCGGUUCGGUUGGAACCGCUCGCCCCGUCGUUUGCUUUGCGCGGCGGCAGGAAGGCUUCGGGAAUGUGGUGCAUUUUAGCGGGGACGAAGAAAAGCAAUACACCUGAGCGCCGCCCAACGCGACGGCCUGAAUCCUCUCAACGCUUUCCGUGGCCAAUCGCAUCCAUUCCCUCCUUUCUUGGUUCAGCUUCAUUCAACUCGACUGUUUGGUUUAACUUUCUGAUUUCCACUGAAGGAUCGGCGACCUUUCGCGUGUUUUGAGUCGUCCUGUUCGCGUUCUCCUCUGGAGGCCGACAGUCUCGGCUGGUGUUCAGCAGCUGGGGGGGCGGGGCUUAAGGACAGACGUGGACGGUUCCCAGCUGAACUCAGGGCCAGGUCAGAGCAAUAAGCAGAGAAGAUCGACAUUUCAAACCCACAAAAAUGAUAAAUAACUUCUCGGAGGGGCAGAUUUCCUGCCUUUGCUGGCAGUUUAGUUGUUUUUUUUUUUUUCUUGCAAUCCACGAAUUAAUGUGCACCUUUAUCAGGUGCAGGAAUAAGCACUUAACACACAAGGCUGUGUGCAGUUUCUGCAGCUUUUAGAGAUUGAAAUGAUACUUUAGUUUGAUUAUAAAUAUAGUUUUAAGCUUCUAUAUAAAUAUAUAUAAAAUCUAAGGGGAAAGGUAGAAUAAAACUUUCCAUUUGCAGGUCAAAGUUUAUCAACAUUUCAUUCUUCAUGUCAUCUUUAUAUCAAAGAAAUAUAUAAAGAUAUAAUUGUUCUAGUUUUGUACUUGAUUUAGUUGAUUUAAAGUUCUUAAUGAUUCAGGCUCCGUGUGUUGACGACCUUCGUUUUGGUUUGUGUUUUUGUGAACUGAAUCUAUGCAAAACCGUCUGAGGGUGCGUGGCGUGUUCGACACCACCUCAUUCGUUUGCCUCUUUCCUUCACGAUCUUAACAUUUGUGUGUGUUUGUUUGUUUGUUUGCAUUUUCCCGUUUUCAUCGAUUCCAAAAAGCGAUCAAUUAUUUUUGUAGCACUAAAAAAAAGGUUAAGAAUUAUCCGCCCAACUACCAGAAUCUUUAUGGUUGGAUUCCACAAACACGACUGAGAAAAACUGCUUUUAAUGAAGAAAAAUUCAAUUUCAUGGGUUCUGUUCAGUCUUUUUGCUGAUUUAAGGUGGAUUAAAGCUUCUUAACUGUGUGAAAGUGGCGUAAAUUUGUCAGUUUGAUGCAUAAAGUUUAGCUUCCUUUCGUUCUCAUAAGCUAACAGACCAAGCAGACUUGUAGCAGGAAAGUGUUCGUUUUAUUGCUUUUGAAUCAUCUUACUGGUAAUAAGUUACUACUUGAUGGGAUCAAAUUGGUAGGUCAUAAGCGAAACACUGUACAUGUUUUUUUGUUGUACUUUUGGGUGAUGUAUGUUGCUGGGCCUUCCAGAAGGGGGCGUAACAGAGCAGAAGUGUGAGUCUGAGCAGCUGAUUGACGGCCGGUCGGCUCUUGAAUGUUUCGUUUUUUUCUUCUUUUAGCAGAAAUGGCGUUCUGAUUUCUUUAUUAUAGUUUUUUUAUUUAAUUUCCUGCACUCCUCAACUCAAACAGUAGCCAAACGUUGGAUUUAACAAUAAAAGCUGCCUUCUAUGGGCCAGUUUUUCUCAUUUCCAUCCUUUUUUCUCCAUCCUCCGCGUUCCCAGCGUCCCUCCCGGGUUCAUUCCCGUCUGCUGGAUCAAACAUCUUCAGGAUUGGAUCUUCUUGGGAUGAGAAAGUCAGAAACAACAACAACCUUCUCCGAUUUUAUAAAGAGCCCUAACAACUUAAAUGUAAUUAAAGUAAAAGCAGUCUGAAAAAACGUCUUUAAAAAAAUUUAGAAAAUCAACUAAAAAUAAAAUGUCUUGUUUUUUAAUAAAUUCUUCUCCAUUUAAUUUAAAAGAUGUCCUUCAAAUUAUUAUUUUCUUCAAAAACCUUGAGUUUCUUCAUGUGAAACCUGCUGGUGUUCCGACAGGUUUAGGUGACGGAUGUUUGAUUCUGACUUUGUUUUUUAAAUCCGCCCUGAUCCUUCGUUUCACUGCUUUGAGGUCCUGUGACGGUCUCUAAUGUUGGAGGAAAACCUGCAGGUUAGACGCAGUGAAACCCUCAGAAAAGACGGAAGCAUCGGCAGCGCUUCAGUUUUCAGGGAUUCGCUUCUGCUCCACGACUUCCAGGAGAAAUGGAGUUUGAGCUGGAGUCGCCUUCACUCAGAAAGAAGUGAGGAAAAAAUCUUGAUUGAUAGGAAAAGUUGUUAGUAAUCCAUAUAUUUCCUCCUAAUCUCUAAAUAAUCCUGAGCUGCUCUGUGAGAUACAAUCCUGAAGAUGAACGGAUCACCUUCUAACGGACCUUAGAUUUAAUGUUUUUAACCCCUUCAGAUCUGUUUUUGUUUUUUUUUUCUUUUGAUGAAAAUGAACCAACACGUAACCUGGAAGUUUGUUUUCCUGAAAGUGGGUUCAAAGCAGCACAUUUGAUGAAGUUUGGUGAUUCAAAAAGGUCAAAAGAGGGGCUUUUAGCUGAAAAUGUCCCGGUUUAAAACACUUUUCUGCUCGGUAGUGAAUAUUUGAAUCUUUUUGUUUCAUUUUUGCACAUUAGUUCAUUUCAUUUAUUAUUUAAAUCAGGUGAAAGGCCUCCUUUAUGUCAAGCAGAACAAGUCGUUUUUAAAGUCUUAACUGUAGGAACCUGAAGGAACGGACGGUUCUGGCUUCAGCUGUCAACGUGUUACAUUCCUCUUUGAGCUUUUUUUUUAUAAACUUAUUUUCUAACUUUAUUUAAAAAAGUGUUUUGACUUCAUUUAGAUUUUCCUUUAAGGCAAAUGCGAAAAAAAAAAUCCCCCAAAGAACCGAGCGGCCUGCUCUCUGUGCUAAAACAUGGUAGAUGUUCCAAUUCCAGAUGAGUUUCAUUGCUCCACCCGUAAAUGUUGCCUCCAUCUGCAUGUCCUGUUUUCACUCUGGAUUAUUCUGUAGGAAACCUAGAAUCUUAAAUGCAUGAAACCGCUAUUCCGUCAGUUCCUGAAAGAGCUUUUAGCAGUAUUUUGAAUUUGCAGGAAGCUGAAAAGUUAUUUUAUUUGUAAAGAAACACCCUAACCUUAAAGGAUUUGUCCACCAAAGACGAUCAUUCACACCCAUAACGACAGAAAAUGGAAUUAGAUUCGGUUAUAUCUAUGUCGAGGAGACUCGCGUAAAGACAUCAAAACACAAAAAGAAAUGAAAAGAAAUUCCUGUUUGUUUCAUUAAAUCUUUCACUGAUUUUAACCUGAAAUUACAAACUCUCAAUUUCAAUUUUAAAGGGUUUUAUCUUCAGGGGAAAAGUGUUUGAUGGAAAAUUCAAACCUAUUUGGUAAUAAAAUUGAAAAUCUGUUUUCUUAAAAAUCAUUUUUCUGGGUUUUUGUCGUUCUGUCCUUCAGAAUUUCAAGAACCUGCCAUUAAAAUCAUGAAAUUGAUUUUUUUUUCUUUGUAGGAAAGCUGAUAGAUUCAGAAAAUAACCAAAUAAUUUCUUAUUUUAUUGUGUGUUAGAUGAAUUAAAGUUCUGGUAAUUUAAAUUGAUGUUAGCAUUGAUAUUGAUAUCAACUUUAGCCUCGAUUUUAGCAUCAACGUUGGCGUCAACACAUUAAAGUUCUCCGGUCACAAUCAUUGCAGAUCUGUUGCAAAAAGUAUUGUUUCUUCAAGGUAUGGAACCAUAAACUAAUUUUCCAAAAAUCUAAUUUUUGAUCACAUUAUCUCACAAACAAAUUUAAAUUUUUACAUUUCCAUUUCACAUGCCGCUUUAUUUAAACAGAAAAUACUCUAAAAACAAACGUGCGGAUGCUAGCUAACCCUAAUACAGUAAAGCAGUCAACAAAAUGCUAACAAGUUUAUAUCAAAACUGUUACAACUUUUAAUUCUGGAUCUCAUCAAACUCCCACCCCCAUGUUUGCGUGUCUGUUGCCCGUUUAAUGCUAAUACAAGUUAGCAUGAUUAGCACCUGUACUCUAGCUUUUGUUUUGAGCCGAAUAUCGGAAAUAUUAGUUACUAAUUUGUGUUUUUUUUUUUUGAGUAUGGAAUUCAUAUCGAGCUUCAAGGAGUGAUGAAUGGUGGUCGUUCUUGGGCUAAAUUGCUAAGCUAAAGUAUGCUAAGAUUGGCAUCAAUGGUGGCAUCAAUGUUAGCAGUGAUGUUUGCAUCAAUGUUAGCAUUAAUGGUGGCAUCAAUGUUAGCGUUGAUAUUAGCAUCAAUGUUGAGAUUGAUAUUAGCAUCAAUGUUAGCAUUAAUGUUGGCAUCAAUGUUAGCGUUGAUAUUAACAUCAAUGUUGAAAUUGAUACUAGCAUCAAUGUUAGCAUUUAUGUUGGCAUCAGCGUUGGCAUUAAUCUUGAUGUCGAUGUUAGCAUCAAUAUUAGCAUUAAUCUUUGUAUCAAUGUCAGCAUUGACAUUAGCAUCAAUGUUAUGAUUGAUAUUAGCAUCAAUGUUAUGAUUGAUGUUAGCAUCAAUUUUAGCUGUAACGUUGGCAUUAACAUUAGCAUCAUUGUUGCUAUUGAUGUUGGCAUCAGUUGUAGCAUUUAUGUUGGCAUCAGCGUUAGCAUUAAUCUUGACAUCAAUGUUAGCUUCAAUGUUAACAUCAGUGUUAUCAACAUUAACACUGAUGUUAUCAUAGACAAUGGCAUCAAUGUUGGCGUUAAUGUUAGCAUCUGUGUUAGCAUUUAAUCUUAGGAUGGACACUAGCAUCAUUGUUGACAAAAAAUGUUAGCAUUUCCGUCAGCAUCAAUCUUUGCAUCUAUGUCGUAAUACAUGUUAGCAUUAGCGUAAGCAUUGAUGCUAGCAUCAAAGUUAGCAUUAGCUUUAGCAUUGAUUCUAGCAUCAACAUUAGCAUUGAUGUUAGCAUCAAUUUUGACAUUAAUGUUAGCAUAGCCAAAGUUCGGUCGUGUGUUCUCGAGACGUCUUUAUUUAAUGAGAAGUUUUGUUUAAUUUUAUUCUUUUAAAACUCUCCAUGUUGUUGUUUUUUUUCCUAAUUUUUACACCACACACUGGAGCUAGCGUACGUUUGCACCAAAUUUUUCGAUGGCGUGUCGGAUUAGCGUUGAUUUCUUCCAUUUUUGACGGAGUGAAGGAAAGACGGUCGACUUCUCUGCAUCUUUUGAUCGAUUUAGAAUCGAGUUUACUGCAGAUUCUGGACGAGCUUCUGUUUGAGAAACUGAUGCUGGGACUGGUUUUGAUCUCCGGACAGUGAACCAAACUUGGUCUCCAGUGCCUUGUGAAAAAAUCUAUUUAUGAUAUCCUCAGAAGUGAGUGUGAAAGAGCUAAGUCGGCAGGCAGUGUUUACAGGUUGUGGCUGUAUUUACUCUUCUCAAUAUCUCCUGUUUUUGCAGAGUUUAGGAAAUUCUUCACCACUUUGGUAUGAAGGUCAAUCAGAGCAUUUCAUAGAUCAGAUUUGAUUCUGUACAUGAUGACGCUGUCAAAAUAAAACAGGUAUUUUUUUAGUGUUUCCAAUCUGGAACCAGUUUGCUGUAUUAAAUGUACUUUGACAUACUUUGAAACCAUUUCAAUCAGAACUACGACUCAGAACUGCGUCUCAGUUCGUCAGCAUCACUAUGUUUUGUAAAUGUUGAUUUUUGAUGCGUUGAAUGCAGCCCCGUCACAACCUUUAACACUUCCUGCCCCACUUAUUUUUGAUAACAUUCUACUUUUUCAUACAUUUGUCGAAUUUGAUGCAUCUGUCCUUUUUUUUUCUUUUAUUUUGUAGCCUGACUUUUUCUGGGAGGAAGUUUCCUCCCUGAAAGGAAGCUGUUUGAUGACAUCAGAGGAGUUAUGUACUGUAGCUGCAACUUGUGAAUUCAGAAAAAAACCCCUUUAAAUUUCAAUAAACUUGAUCUGAUUGUUUUA